AAGCGGUAAGCCGGUUGUUUUCCCCCUCUCAUGAGUUUGCAUGUCGGGCAGUGCAGACAGCCCUGCCUCUUCCUUUUGCUACGUCACAGCACGGCAGAGCACAGCAGAGCGGAGCGGAGGGAGCAGGACUACCCUGAUGCUGACAGGAAGAGAGAAGCACUCAAGGAGCCGGCUGCUGCAUCCUGUCAGAGGACCUUUUCACAUCACUUAUUGACAUUACAGAGAUUCAGUUUGUCUGUUUUUUUGUCUUCAAUGUCAUUGAGGUCCUGUCCAAAAAGAGGAGCUUUAGUGACGGAGUCAUGGAGGAAUUUUGCUUCUAACUUCAGGGACCUUUUUGGACUAUUCUGUGUCUUCUGGCUGCUGUCAAUCAGUCACAUCAAUCAUUACUUUCAUUUAGAGGAUACAGCUGCUCCUUUACUUUGGAGGUCACAUGGAUUUCAGACUGGAUUAAAUGGAUUGAGGACCAAAUCAAACAAACUCUAAUUAAAAGACUGAAUACAUCAUCAAAUGGACUCUGGAGCAGAUGACAGCAUCUUGGACAAGGACCAGAACUUCCUGCAAUCUUGACUUAUCGUUGUCAGGUUCAUUCUCUUUCCCCCAUUUGUGAAUGUCAACCACCUUUACUUAAGAUCCGAGGUCGGAUGAAGACAGGCACUCUUAAACUUGAACUGCAGACGUGGAGCGUCAGUGCUGAUAGACCAACACUGUGCCCUAUGAGUAAGACGUGGUGUUAAUGAUUCUUGUUCCCCGGUGAUGCUGACAAAUGGAAACCUCUUUGCUGCUGAGUCAUCACUGGGCCAAAGAUGCCACACUCCUUCCCUCUCAACUUAGAUUUAAAGCCUCUAAUUUUGAUUUUGCCUUGGAGAAAAGAUAGAAAUUGGAUUAACUGGACAAUAUCUUCCCUGAUUGUCUUAAACCUCUGAAGACGAGGGAGUAGCUCGUUCCAACUAACUUGUCCGAUGUCAUGAUUGAUCAAAGACCAACGAUCUUUUAAACCUUUAAGAGCACAGAUAAUACAAGAUCUAAGUUUUUCAAAACAGGUCAGCUGCUUGAAAAGUUUGUCCUUUCCUUUUUAAACCAAGGACACAAACAUUAGCUGGUUUAGACCAAAUGACAACUUCAUCAGAAAAGUGACACUCAAACCAAGAUAACUUGGACAAAUCAAGACGUGUUUUAAAUUGGACUGAAGUAACUUUUAAGAUGGGCUAACUGAACGUUGGAGCCCUCUUUCAACAUGGUGGUGACUCGUCUGGAGGUGGAGCUAUGCUACCAGGGGAAGAAGUUACGAGGUGUGACGUGGAAGUUGACUCGAUCAGAACAUGGUUUCCUGCCUGAGAGCUCCUGGCUCAUCGCUGCACAGAUCAUCGUGCCGUACCUGGUGUCAGGGCUCGGGAUGGUCUCCGCUGGGAUUGUUAUGGAUCUUAUACAACACUGGGAGGUGUUUAAGGUGAUAACUGAGGUGUUCAUCCUGGUGCCUGCUCUGGUUGGACUCAAAGGAAACCUGGAGAUGACCCUGGCUGCUCGCCUCUCCACUGCUGCCAACACAGGCCAAAUGGACGAACCUGAUAAACAGUGGACCAUGGUGUGCAGCAACCUGGCCCUCAUACAGGUUCAGGCGACGGUGGUGGGCUUCCUGGCAGCUGUGGCCGCCGUGUGUUUAGGGGCGAUUUCUCGAGGGGGCGUUGAACUGGACCAGGCAGCGGUUCUCUGCGCCAGCAGCAUCACCACUGCCUUUGUAGCUGCUCUGUCCUUAGGCCUGGUGAUGAUCGGCGUCAUCAUCGGCUCCAGGAAGGUGGGGAUCAACCCUGACAACGUGGCCACCCCCAUCGCUGCCAGUCUGGGGGAUCUGAUCACGCUGUCCCUGCUGGCCGGGGUCAGCAGCACGCUCUACGAGUACAUCGAUGUCUGGUACCUGUCCCCACUGGUGUGUCUGGUCUUCCUGGCUCUGAUCCCGCUGUGGGUUCUGGUGGCUCGACGGCACCCUCAGAUCAGGGAGGUUCUGCGCUCCGGGUGGCAGCCCGUUAUAGUCGCCAUGUCCAUUAGCAGUUUCGGAGGCCUCAUACUGGACAAGACAGUGAGCGAUCCCAACUUUAAGGGAAUGGCUGCCUUCACACCCGUCAUCAAUGGAGUCGGUGGGAACUUGGUGGCUAUUCAGGCCAGCAGGAUCUCCACGUACCUGCACUUCUGGAGCAUCCCCGGGGUGCUGCCCUACAAGAUGAGGCAGAACUGGCCCAAUCCCUGCAUCACCUUCUUCUCCUCAGGGGUGAACUCCAAAUCAGCUCGGGUGCUCCUGAUGCUGGUCGUCCCCGGUCACCUGGUCUUCCUCUACGCCAUCUCUCUGCUGCAGGGAGACGAGGCGCCAAUCUCUGUAGCCUUCACCGUCUGCUACCUGUGUGCUGCUGUGUUACAGGUGUCCAUCUUACUUUAUGUUGCUGACCUCAUCAUCCGCUCGAUGUGGAGAAGGAGUCUUGACCCGGAUAACUUCUCCAUCCCCUACCUGACCGCCCUGGGCGAUCUGCUGGGCACAGGCUUCCUCGCUCUCUGUUUCCGCUGCGUCUCAUGGGUUCAGAGUCUGGGUCUCUGAACGCCCCCCACUUCCCCCUCCCCCCUUCAUCACUGAACUCUUUGCCAGCCAUCUACUUACUGCAUCGGUUUGUUUUACAUAAUGCCCAGAGAAGCUUUAUCGGACAAUAAAGCAUUUUAUCUGAUGGUUAUCACUGGACCGGUUCAUACAGAGGAAUAAAUUCAAACUUUAACUACGAUGGAUAGACACCUGACCGUUUACACAUCCAUCUGUGUGAAGGGUUUCUACCUGAUCCGGCUAAUCUUAGUAUUUUAUUUCAGGCCUAAAGACUUUAAAGUAUUCACAAGUGUCCGUCUUCAGCCCUUUAGAGCAUCUUCUCCAAUACAGUCAUCUUUGUUUGCUGGCUCUGAGCUCAUCUCGUCUCUCAGCUCGUCUCUUUGCUUUCAUCAGAGGAAUAUGUAGCAAACUUACAUUAUUGCAGCAAGACAGAAUCAUUGCUCAGAGUUUGGGACUUUUGUUUAAACAUGUUGAUAAAACAAAGACUUCCAGGCCGUCCAUGUGUGGGCGGGCUGAACUAUGCAGUAAUACAGGAGUUCGUUAUAUGGAGGAGAGUCGCUGUCCAGUACUUGAGUUUAGGAUGAUCAUAAUUUAUUUAAAUUAAGAGGCAUGGUACUUAACUGUAACACACGGAGGAAUGUUUCAUCAUCUCAUGAAAAAAACUUGAAUCCUAACGUUUCUACACAUAAUGUUCAUCAUGUUUAUUUUCUUAAAUCAUGUUGGAGGGGCUGUAACAGGUGAGCAGCUGGCUGUACAAUUCAGAGGAGGAAGACCUUUUUAAUGUUUAUGAUGUGAGGGGACUUCUAAUAAGAACUAACAACAAAGACUUUUUGACUGACCGCUGGGGUUAGUCAAAGACCAAAGAAGGGGCCAUCAGAAGUGUGAUGGCCCCUUCUGGUAAACAUAGGGUGAUGGUUUUGCUCUGACACAAAUUUCUGUGAAAGCUAGAAAAGAACUGUGUGACAUUUUAAGAAGCAGGUGACUAAAGCCCCGUUUCCACCAAGUAAGGCAAGGUAUGUCAAGAUAUGCAUUUAUUGGCGUUUUCCACAGUCAAAAGUUGGUAAUGAUAGCCAAAAAAACUAUACGUACCCUUCUGUUGGGGUGCUAAGCGUACUGACGAGACCCUAAAGGUUGGAGCUAGACACACUGCAGUCUGUUGAUUGGUUGAAAGAAUUGACACAUCCCUGCGACGUAGCUUAGCACAAAGAUUAUUAAUAAAUAACACGUAAUUACGAAAUGUAAUUACGACAAAAACAUGAUUGAAGAAACAUGCAACAUUUUCAUGGUUAUAUUCAGAACUUUUUCUUGGCAAGGAGCUUUUUUUUGUAUCUAUUGAACAAACGAUAUGUUCAUAUGUGGGCUGUGCUUUUGUGUCGAAGCGCGUGAAAUCGGACAAUGUCAGGGUACCAGCUUUCUCCCUGUUAGUCUUUAUGCUAACUUUAGCCACUGUUACAAACAUACACAUUUGUAUUAAUCUUGACAAGAAGUAAAUAUAUACAUAGUUUCCAAAGUAUCAAAUUCACCAGGUUCUGCUCAUUUUCAAAUCAGUUGGUAAAGCUACUGAACACAUGUUAAUCCGUCCAACAGCUGUUUCCUCUACCAAACGUACGCCAUUCUGGACAAGUCGAUUACAUAGCAAGUCAUAAAGAUAUCAUGCAGGUUGGGGCGUCUCUGUGUCCUGCCACAUUGCCAAAACUCUGACUUGAUCCCUGAGAUCCAUCACAAAAACAGAAUUCUCCACAAUUUCUAAUAUGCAGAUGAUGUGCUGCUUUAUGUUGCAGAUACAGAAAGAAGAUAAGGAGUAAAAAAAACAGCGCAUUAUUAUAAUUGAUUGUUUUUUAGGUUCUCCAACAUAACAGAGACUUUGUAAAGGUCUAAUUGUGUCCCGAAGCACUGGCGCCCAGGCAAUGUGUCACCUCCUCUAACAGCCGUCACAAGAAUUAAAAAAAACCAUCAGUGAACUGAUGCAGAACAUCUAUGUUGGUCUCUCUCACCCAUCAUCUCAGGUUUAUGUUCUGACAUGGACUCUGUAGCUGCAGAUGAUUUGGGGUUUUCCCUCACUACUUGAUACUAAUAGUCCCUUUAAUGAAGGGUUUGUCAAAGCCUUAAUGAUUUAGUGUCAGAACCAUAAAACCUCAUCAUUACAGCCGUGACAUUCACACUGAUAUCAACAGUUUAGAACUCAACGUUAGCUGAGGUUAGCUUAGCUUGGGUUAAUUUGCGCCUGAUUGCGUUUCUCUAUUGGCUGUAUAUGCACUUACAGUACACCACGACAGAGACAAAACAUACACACAGAAAUAUUAUUGUGAUAUCCUAAUAAAUCUUCAGUUUACACAGAGACACAAAAGAAUGACACAUUUAUGGAUAAAAAAAAAAACUGCAUUUCUCACCCCCCCAAUGUCCACAUAUUCAGUGGGUGCAGCGGUCCAUCAGCACCGCGGUUUUCCUCCGUCGGACGGUGCGCGCCCUGUGAGUGCAGCCAUGAGCAGCUGUAGCUCGUGAUGCAGACCGACCGCAGUGUGCACAGUAUGUGGGGAUUGGGGGUAAAAAUGGCAGGUAGGGAGAGAGCACAGAGUCUAUUUCUCUAUUUUUGGUUUUAAAGUUAAAGUCCUGAAUGUGUUAAAGAGAAAUGUUUCAAAAUAAGAGUGUAGAAAUGUGUUAAUGCACUCAUGAAGUCAAAAGGUACAUUUUGGCUCUUUGCUAUCACUACUGUAGUAUGAUCUAUUUUUAAAGAAGAACCUCAUAAACACUGAUGUCUGAGGGUUUUAAAACCAGCCUGUCUCGUCAGUCAGCGAUUUUUCAUUUUAAAGUAUUUCAGUGUUAAAAGUGCUUUGCUAAAAGCUUUUAUUGUGACACUGUUACACAGUACUUUUUACACUAGAAGCAGAUGAAAUGUUGAACUCUUUGAAUCACAGUUUCUGUCACUGUCUGUAUGUGAUCUAUGUGUAAACUGUGACACUGUGAGACGUAGACCACAGCUAAGGUUGUACCAGCACAUCAGUGUGUCUUAAUCAGCGGGGCUGGACGAUCCAUCAUGUUGCAUAUUACAAAUCUGGCACAUUUACAAAGGUAAUGAUUGUAACAAUAACCUUUUUAACGAGUCAUUGCAUCUCUGACGGUUCUUGUGUGAUGUUACUUGGGUUCUAAAUGAUCUGCUGAAAGUUCUGUUCUGGAGGUAGAUAUAUGAAAGUGAAGUCUUCUAUUUUAAAGUUUGAAUAAUGAUCAUCAAACAUUUCACUUCAGAAAUGUUUGAUGUUCAGUAAAAUACUUUUUUUCACUGCAUUGCUGAGACUUAUUACGCAAGACUGAAGGCGGACUUGUUGACCUCUUUCAAAGGUUUGUGUGGCCGCUCCGAGCGAAGUAGUAGAAGGCUCUACUACACAUUAACAACACAUCUGUAAGCGGUGUCAGUUUUCUCCUGUAACACUUAUCAUGUACAUUUUGUUAUUUCUGCAGAACCAUCUCUGUAAAACAAAUCGUCCAGCCCUUUAGAAAAACUUAGUAUGUACAGGAGCUGAAGACCUGUUUGCAAACUUGCACUGUUGUUUUAAUAGUAGUUUAAGGAUGCCUUGAACGAAAGUCAAUGUCAAUCGUGUCUUAUCUUAAACCUCAUUUACAAAAGGUUAGCUUCAUUUACACGUUGCAUCCCUUUUCUCUCUUCUUCUGUUCUGUAAGCAAAGCGCUCUGUACUUCAAUGUCGACACUGCCACAUGAAGACUUCAAAAGCCUUUAGUCUCGAGUCAUGCUGUGCUCACUGUCACCAUGCUUUCACACACACUGUGUCUCGUGUGUGUGUGUUACGAUCAAGUGGGGAAUCAAAGAUGUGACAAAUAUUUGGUGUUUGUGAUUUUGUGGCAAUGAAGUUAUAUUUUAAUAAAA